AUGGAAGCUGAAGCUCAAGAAUCGAGCCCCCAAAACGACGCCGUCAUCACCUCCUUCUGCGAGAUCACCUCCGCCUCCAAACAAGAAGCCCUCUUCUUCCUCGAAUUCCACAAUUACGACCUCGACGCCGUCGUUUCCACUUUCUUGGACAAUGAAAACGCCGACGCCGCCGCCGCCGACGACGACGCCGCCGCCGUCACCGUCACCAACCCGGGUUUGGUUGUUUGUAUUGUAGGGUUUCAGGUGUGCCAUUCGCUUGGUGGAGGAACCGGAUCUGGUAUGGGGACUCUGUUGAUUUUGAAAAUCAGGGAGGAAUACCCUGACAGGAUGAUGCUCACUUUCUCUGUGUUUCCUUCACCAAAAGUCUCCGAUACGGUGGUUGAGCCCUAUAGUGCUACCUUGUCUGUGCACCAGCUUGUUGAGAAUGCGGAUGAGUGUAUGGUUCUUGAUAACGAAGCUCUCUAUGACAUUUGCUUCCGCACACUCAAGCUCAGUACCCCAAGCUUUGGCGAUUUGAACCAUUUGAUUUCUGCUACCAUGUCUGGUGUGACUUGCUGUUUGAGGUUCCCUGGGCAACUCAACUCUGACCUCAGAAAGUUGGCUGCCAAUCUCAUUCCAUUCCCCCAUCUCCACUUUUUCAUUCCAUUCCUGGUGGGAUGUUUUAAUGCAGAAAAAGUUUGAUGCAUCGGUUUUCAA